UCAAGUUGCCAUAGCUGCGAGUCCGGGGUGAGCAGAGUCGGUUGCGCCGCAGCGUUGCGUCAGUUGCACCUUCGGGGUAGCUGGUAGCCGGGGGAGCCGGGUGGGACCUCGGCAAUGAUCCGGCGUUAAGAACCUGGAGUCACCUUGGGUCUAAGGUGUUUUGGGGGAAGUGUAGAGGCAACCCAGAAAAUCAUCUACUGGACUGGACCUUUUGCCCGGAAUCUCAUGAAGAAAUGAUAGGAGGCAGGCAUCUGUGCCUAAGACGAGCACUGAGCUCAAAGGACAGCAGCCCAGAGUUCUGGGAGUGUACGGUGAUUUGUAUACAUCAAUGGCAGAAUCAUCCAGUGAUUCAGACCACUUUCGCUAUCAUAACCGAUUGAGUCGAUGGGCAACCAGGACAGUUCACAGGGAAACUGGAAGUCAUCCUACAGUAGAUGUCACCGCUAAGGUCAACACUAUCACCAGUACUUUACAGGACACCAGUCGGAACCUUCGACAAGUGGAUGAGAUGCUUGGGCGAUAUCGAGACUACAGCAUUGGCCAGGCAGGUGCUAUUGAGCAGUUAAAGGAAGAUUUGGAGCACUCAAUAAGCCAACUGCGGAGUCAGCGCUUACAGAGAAACUCAGGAGGGAGAAGUGUUUCUGUCACCAGCUUGAGUGCCAGUGAUCUCGAUGGUGGCGCUGUGGCAGAGAGUCUCCGCUUUACUCCUACCUCACCUCUGAAGGACUACGAGCCACAGGGUCUUAAACGAAACAGGUCCAGAACUGGUGUUCGGUUUGUUCGGGAGACAGAUGACAUGGUCCAGCUUCAUGCUUUUCACCAGUCCCUCCGAGACCUCAGCAGUGAACAAGUCCGGCUUGGUGAUGAUUUCAACAGAGAGCUUUCUAGAAGAAGCCGGUCGGAUGCUGAAACCAAAAGGGCUUUGGAAGAAUUGACCAAAAAGCUCAAUGAAGCCCAGAAACAAGAUGUGGUUUCAGAUCGAGUGGAGCGGCGGCUUCAGGAAAUAGAAAGAGAGAUGCGCACAGAACGAGAGCUGGUGGAGCGACGCCAGGACCAGUUGGGACUCGUGUCCUUGAAGCUUCAGGAGGCACUGAAGAAGCAAGAAGCUAAAGCAGAUGAGAAUGAGGACGCAAUGAGGAAGAAGCUGCUACAAUCUGAAACUGAGAAGAGCCAGCUGGAACAGGAGUUGGAGUUCUCACGCCGGCUGCUGAGUCAAUCUGAAGGCAGCAGAGAAACACUUUUGCAUCAGGUGGAAGAACUACGUACCCAACUUACCAAAGCGGAAGGUGACCGGAAGGGUUUACAGCAUCAAGUAUCUUCCAUUUCCAAGCAACAGUUAAUCCACCAGGAUGAUCUAAGAGAUGACUGGAGGUUUAGAAGAGGGGUCGAGCGGGAGAAGCAGAGUCUGGAGAGGCAGAUGGCGGAGCUGCGAGUGCACCUGAACUUCAACGCCAUGGCUUCCGAGUUAGAGGAGGUGAAGCGCUGCAUGGAGCGGAAAGAGCAGGAGAAAGCCAGUUUGUCAGCACAAGUCGAGACUCUAACACGUGACUUGGAGUUCAGGGAAAAACAACAACUGCAGAUGUUAGAUCAACUUAAGGAGAUCCAGAAUCACUUUGAGACCUGUGAGGCUGAUCGUAAGCGCAGUGACCUUCAGAUCUCAGAGCUGAGUCACCACGCAGAGGACGCAACCAAGCAGGCAGAGCACUACCUUAGUGAGUUCCAGAGGUCAGAAGCCCUGCGAGAGGAGGCAGAGAAGAGGAGAGAAGACCUGAAAACAAAGGCCCAGGACUCCAUCCGUCAGUGGAAGCAGAAGCAUAAGAAGCUGGAGCGGGCACUGGAGAAACAAGCAGAAACCCUGGACCAGCUGACAGAUAAGAACAAUCAGAUUCUAAAGGAGAAGGACGAUUUGAAAAGCCAGCUUUAUCCAGCCUUACAGCAAAUAGAAAGUCUCAGGAAGGAGCUCAAUGAUGUCUUGACCAAGUGUGCCCAGCAGGAGGAGGAGCUUCACUGUAAGGAGAAAAAACUCAGUGACGUUGAGUCUCACCAAGCUGAACUUGAGCUGGAGGUCAAGAAUUCCCUAGACACCAUCCAUCGACUGGAGAGUGAACUGAAAAGACAGAGUAAGAUGCAAAGCCAGAUCAAAGCUGAGAAAAUUCACCUGGAGGAAGAAAUCGCAGCGCUCAAGAUGAGCCAGGCCCAGGACAAAGCCAAACUUCUUGAGAUGCAAGAGGCCAUCAAGGACUUGAGCGCCAUCCGAGCAGAUCUCGCUAAUAAAUUGGCUGAAGAAGAGAGAGCCAAGAAAGCUGUGCUCAAGAACCUUUCGGAACUGACGGCCCAGGCAAAGUCUAAAGAGGAAGAAACGGCUACCAUUAUCACACAGUUAAAGUUAGAACGAGACGUUCACCAGAGGGAGCUGGCAGAUCUCACAUCAUCACUGCACAGUGUGAAAACAAAGCAUGAACAGAAUAUCCAGGAGCUGAUGAAGCACUUUAAGAAAGAAAAGAGCGAAGCAGAGAAUCACAUCAGGACACUGAAGGCAGAAAGCCUGGAAGAUAAGAACAUGGCUAAAGCCCACCGCUGUCAGCUAGAGAAACUGAAAUCCCAGUGUGAGAAGCUGACAGAGGAAUUAGCCCAGAAUGAAAAUGAGAACAAAACACUGAAGCUGAAGUACCAGUGUUUGAAGGACCAACUAGAGGAAAAGGAAAAACAUAUAAGUAAUGAAGAAGAGCACUUACGGAGGAUGGAAGAGGCCAGGCUCCAGCUGAAGGAUCAACUUCUUUGUUUGGAGACAGAACAAGAAUCCAUUCUUGGUGUAAUAGGAAAGGAAAUUGAUGCAGCUUGUAAAACUUUCUCCAAAGAUUCAUUGGAGAAAUUGAAAGUAUUUACCUCUGGUCCUGAAAUACAUUAUGACCCACAUCGCUGGUUAGCUGAAAGCAAGACCAAGCUUCAGUGGCUCUGUGAGGAGCUCAAGGAGAGAGAGAGCAGAGAGAAGAACAUGCGGCAGCAGCUGGUGCUGUGCCGACAGGAGCUCAGGGAGCUGACGGAGCACAAGGAGUCUGAGCUGCUGUGUCUGUUCGAGCACAUAGAGAGGCAGGAGCAGCUUCUGGAGGAGUUCCACCAGGAGAAGAGAGGUCUGUUGGAAGAAACUCAAAGAAAAGAUGAAGAAAUGGAAACUCUACAGGACCGUGUAAAUGCAUUAGAAACGAGUACCCGAGUGGCCUUAGACCAUCUGGAGUCUGUGCCUGAGAAACUAAGCCUUCUAGAGGAUUUCAAAGACUUCCGAGUUUCCUCCAGUUUAUCUGAGAAAACUGAUGGCAGAUAUUCUAAAUACAGAAUUCACAGAGAUGCUGUUCAACAGCGCCGAGAUGACACAAGAUACAGAAUCAAGAGCCUUAAAGACGACAGGCCCUUUUCUGGAGGUUCCCACUUCCGUGGCCUAGAUCACUCAACCUCUUGGCAGGAUGGCAGUUACUUCCUGUCUAGUCCACACUUCAACUUGGGUGUCUUCCACAACAUUCAGUGUCUACGAGUUACAUUUGAAGUGAUGUGGGAUUCCCCUCUGUAUGAGCCUUGCCAGCAUUUACCAAAAGAGCCAUUACCCCAGAUCCAGCUUCAAUCAAGGAAGAUGCCACAAGUUUACCAGUGAAUGGAACAACUCCACAGUCCAAGAAGGAGGAAUAUGAGAGCAAAAUAUGCAAAAUGUAAUUCACAACCUUACUUGAGUAUUUUACAAAUAACGCCCCAUGGUUCUUUUUGCCAUUUGGCUCAGAUUAUCCAAAGACACCAUGUGGCUUUGGCUCCUUGGCCCUGCCAGGCAUUGACUAACGUGGCGUCACAGUCAGUUUUUGUGAGUAAGAGUAAGUUUAACCCGUGGAAGUAAUCUCAACGUAUGAGUGGUACACAGCUCAUUUAGAGGCAGCUCCUACAGGCAGAGAGCUAUCACAUUUUGCUCUGUAUUUCCCCAUUUUCGGUGUCAUACUUUUCCAGCCCAGCCUUGAAUUUAUAAUUGAUGCCUUUCAAAAUUGACUGGCUGAGAGGGGUGGGAGAAACAUUCCCUUCAGGUAAAGGUACCCAGCAGUUUAGGUUCAGGAGCAUUUGGACAUGACUGAUUUUUAAGUGCUUUCUCCCUAAUCAGUUCUCCUGUGUUGUAACAUAUCAUGAAGAUGCCUGUGUAAUAUUAGACUGCCCUUUAAAUCUUCACAUCAAUCGCCCGUCAUCUCAGCAGCCUAUUACGUGUAGUUUCUUAUACCUACUCCAAUCGUCAUUUUUAAUUGCAAAAAAAAAAGUCAUAAAUGAUAGCUGAACCGUAGAGCACUGUGAAGAAGCCACAGCACCAUUUAUUUAUUUGUCAUGGCCAAAUGUCCCGCUGUGAUCACCCCAGGCAUAGCCUGGAUAAUCUCUGGUUUGCUCUGACUCAAGUCCCAGCACCGCUCUCCUGUGACAGUGGGGUUCACUCCGCAAGAGCCCCUGUAUACUUUGGUACUACCUGACCACUCCUCACAUGCCAGCACUGUCAACAUCAUCGAGUUUGUAAAACCUCGUGCCUUUCCAUGUCCAUCUACCAGUGAAGAAAAUUUUAUAUAAAAUGCUAAGCAAUGGUCAUCAUCCAGGAAGUGGGCCCCGCUGGGCCAAGGUGGAAAGACUCUGCACAGAUACAGAAACAAUAAAGCAGUCCUUUGUAAUGUA